GUCAAAUUGAUUGGGCAAGAAUUUUUACAACCUUAUUUUUUUUUUAUACAAAGCUGCGUCAACCAAUCACACUAUGAUAUUAAUUAUAUGGCCCCCACUCCGUCUACUCUCUCUUCUCUGUGUCUAUAUAUAUGCAAGUUUGAGAGCGCAAGGCCAACAUUUGUGUAGAAAUAUGGAUCACGAAGAGUCCAUUUACUCUUUCGCGGACUCAGACUUAGACCUCAGCUUCACCUCCGUCACCACCGACCGCACUCACUCCGCCCGCAGCAGCUUAGCCCGGAGUAGCCUCACACUCAGCUUCAACGAGUCCCGCCUCUCCACCGCCUCCGCCACUCCCUCCACGGCCGUUCCCAACAUCCACACCCGCCCCCACUGCCGCCACGACAACCCCAACUGGGCAGCAGUCAAUGCUGUCACUACACUGUCCUCCGACGGCGCCCUUCACCUCCGGCAUCUCCAGCUCCUCCGCCUCGUCGGUUCCGGAAACCUCGGCCGCGUAUUCCUCUGCCGUCUCCGCGACUAUGAACACGCCAACUUCGCACUUAAGGUCGUCGACCGUGAUUCCUUGAGUUCCAAGAAACUCUCUCAUGUCCAGACGGAGGCGCAAAUCCUCUCCUCUCUCGACCACCCUUUUCUCCCUACGCUCUAUGCCCAUUUAGAGGUGUCGCACUACACUUGCCUUCUCAUGGAUUACUGCUCCAAUGGCGAUCUCCAUUCCUUGCUCAGGAAGCAACCCCACUACCGGCUGUCGGUUCAGGCGGUCAGGUUCUUCGCCGCCGAAGUAUUAUUAGCUCUAGAGUACUUACAUGCGAAGGGGAUUGUCUAUCGUGAUCUGAAACCCGAAAACAUAUUAAUCCGUGAGGACGGUCACAUCAUGUUAUCGGAUUUUGAUCUGUGUUUUCACUCUGAUGUAUCUCCGAAACUGGAAAAUGGGACCCGGAUUAAGGUCGGGUCCGCCCGAUACGGUUGCUUCGGGGACCCGCAAGUGGAGGAGCGGGUCACCGAGUUCGUGGCGGAGCCAACGACGGCGUUUUCGAGAUCGUGCGUCGGAACACACGAGUACCUCUCGCCAGAGUUGGUCAGCGGCAACGGCCACGGCAACGGGGUCGACUGGUGGGCAUUCGGGAUCUUGAUUUACGAGUUACUGUACGGUACGACACCGUUUAAAGGAGGAAGCAAGGAUUCCACCCUGCGCAAUAUAGCGUCAACCAAAGGGGUGAGGUUCCACGCGGCGGAAGGAGACAGGGAGGAGCCCGGAAUGGCGGAGGCCAGGGACUUGAUUGAGAAACUGUUGGUGAAGGACCCCAGGAAGAGGCUAGGAUGCACCAGGGGUGCGACGGAUAUUAAACGACACCCGUUCUUUAACGGGAUAAAGUGGCCGUUGAUCAGGACAUACCGGCCGCCGGAGGUUCGUGGGCUCACCGUUAAACGGAGUAAGAGCAGGGCGAACGUGAGUCACGUGAUCGGAGUUUCUUCCCCUAGACGGCGGCGCUGCCUGUGGAAGAGAUUAAGUCGUUUGAUGAGGAUUAAGGGGUCUAAGUACAGCUUAAAUUCCAAUUCCAAUUACUACUCGUACGCUAAUCACAACGUUAGGAAAUGUGUUUGAGGUUUUGGAUGAUUUUUUUUUUAUUUUUUAAGGUUUUGGUGUUUGUUUAUAUGAUAUGAUCUUGUAAAGUUCGUGUAAAUUAGGUCAAAAUAUACAUCAAUUUUGGAGAAAUUACAAUUUUUUGAGAGGGAUAAAUUGACACGUAAAUUAUUGAAA